AGAGCGCGCACAUCUUCUUCCAGGACUAUCACCUUCUGUUUAUGUUUUUGAACAUGGGUGUCGAGCGGAUUGCCAGACCUUUGCCCAAACGACGCAGGCUGGUCUCAGCACAAUCCAGCGCGAAAGACGCGUCGACUUUGACGGCGCCGGCGGAGCAACACCUUGAUCUGGUCGGCGAUGGCGUUCCUGUUUGCGUUUCCUGCCACAGAAGCUUCGCCAGACGAGUGAGCGAAAUUGUACGCUGUGCGAGAUGUCGGGCCACAACGUGUCUUGUCUGCUCGCGGGCAUGCAGCGCGCCGCCGCUGUCUCUGCCCCCGACGCCUGCUCUCACUCGCUCGUCUACCCCGUCCCCGUCGCCUUUUCCAUCACCGCGACGUCCUGCGCUCGCGUUGAGUACGAAUUCGCGAACAGCAAACGCGCUGCUAAACCCUGCGUCUGACCACGCGACGACCGGAAAACGCCGCAAGCCACUCCAGUGGGACACCGAUGAAGACGAACAACAAAGCUCGUUGUCGGACCACGAGAAGGCCCCAAAGGAAACGGCUUUGCGUGGAUGUGGAAGGAUCGUCUGUCGCAACUGUUGCUACGAGAAUACCAUGAGUGCCAGUACGACGUGCUACGAUUGUCUAAACCAUCCAUACAACCCGCCAACGCAGCAGGUCGACGCUCGUGGCUCCCACUGAAAGUCUUCCUCGUCCUACGCAUGUCGUUCUCGGGUUUCCACACGAAAGCGACAUCACUCUUCCUUGCUUCAUCAUCACGACACAUCAUCAAAUCUACAUGGACUCAAGGUUUAAACGUUUACUCCUGACUCGACUUUCAUCUCCACUGGCAAUUCACAUCUAUUCUUGCUCUCACUGUUCCAGCAUGCUGUAAUCUAGCUCUCAAUGUCAUCGGAAUCUCGAACGCGAUGACUGACCAUGCUGGGCGGUUGCCCUGUGGUUCUGCGCUAUGUUCUAGGGUCCAUUUGGGGCCCGAGAAGCUCAACUAACCGCACAGGUC